AUGAUUUCCUGUGAAAAACAUUUACUUGUUUCAGUCCCCCUGUCCUCUCUCCUCUCUGCCCUAUGUCAGUACCAAGUGGGGCAGCUGUACUCCGUGGCGGAGGCCAGUAAGAACGAGACGGGCGGCGGAGAGGGGGUGGAGGUGCUGAAGAACGAGCCCUAUGAGAAAGACGGGGAGAGGGGCCAGUAUACACACAAGAUCUAUCACCUGCAGAGCAAAGUUCCAACCUUCGUGCGCAUGCUGGCGCCAGCGUCCGCCCUCAACAUCCAUGAGAAGGCCUGGAAUGCCUACCCUUACUGUCGCACUGUCAUCACCAAUGAAUACAUGAAGGACAACUUCCUGAUCAAGAUAGAGACGUGGCACAAACCUGACAUGGGCCAUCAGGAGAACGUGCAUGGUCUGGACCCUGACACUUGGAAGAAGGUGGAUGUGGUCUACAUUGACAUUGCAGAUAGAAGCCAGGUGGAAACGAAGGACUACAAGCCAGAGGAGGACCCCUCCAAGUAUAAGUCUGUAAAGACCAGCCGGGGGCCCCUGGGGCCUGACUGGAAGAAAGAACUUCCCAAGAAGACAGACUGCCCACACAUGUGUGCCUACAAGCUGGUCACUGUCAAGUUCAAGUGGUGGGGCUUACAGAACAAAGUGGAGAAUUUCAUUCAGAAGCAAGAGAAGCGCUUGUUCACCAAUUUCCACCGACAACUCUUUUGUUGGAUUGAUAAGUGGAUUGACUUGACAAUGGAAGACAUCCGACGCAUGGAGGAAGAAACUAGGAAGGAACUAGAUGAGAUGCGGGUGAAGGACCCAGUGAAAGGAAUGGUGGCCCUAGAAGACUGAGGCUGUCCCAGUGUGACUACUAGUACCCAGAACACCAGCGGCAUCACCUCCACCACUUUAUUGGCACACCAUCUCUGUGAACUUGGUCCCCCUCCUCCCUCUCCUGUGUGGUGCAGUCCUCUGUGAACUUGGUCCCCCUCCUCCCUCUCCUGUGUGGUACAAUCCUCUGUGAACUGCCUGUCUCCUCUCCUCUCAGCUCAGUGGAUGGAGCCAGGGGCGGGGGGGACCUUCGACAUGGCAAGAGCAAAUGCAAACUAACACACUAAAUAUGGAAUACCACCUGUAAUAACUCCUGUAUAUUAUCCAAGAUGUCAGUUGUUUAACAAAUAGGAUGGCAGAGUCUAAAAAUUUGUUUGUUUUUACUUGAUGAAAUAUAAAUGUAUAUGUAUGUUGAGAGACAAAUUAUAAUGGGAAAUUUAUAUCAGGGUUUUAAAUUUUGUUUCUGUACGUUUUCCUGUGUGUUGCGGACCAAGCUGAAUCUUAUCAGUUUUUAGUUUUAAUCAUGUUAUGAUUUUAUUUCCCCCUUUUUUUCUCCAUGAUACUUAUGUAAAUCCCCAACCCAACCCCCCACCACCACCACCACCUCCACCAUUUUAAUUUUCAGAUUAGAGUCUGUAUUUCAUUUUGUUGUUCAUUCUCUAUCAGAGAUAAGCUAAGAUCCCAUGUUCAACAGAAUGCCCCCUCUAUCUAACUUCUCUCUCCACUGCCCUGCCCCCCCUAAAUUUGCCCUCAGGGCUAACAAGGCAGGGGGUAGAUAUUGUAGAGUUAUUGGGCCAGUGAUCCUGGUUGGUGUGUUGGACAUAAUGUGGCUCUGACUUUUGGUGAAAGAGGUUAAAGAGUGGUCACAUCCCUGCUUUCACUCAUUUUUUUUACAGGGUACUGUUUGCAGUAUUGUGAAAGACUUCUCUUCGGGAACAAGGAAACACUGUGUGUUGUGUUGUGCUGACCUGAACUGUAAGGCUUACUACAGGGUCACUACUGUCAUGCUCUUAAUUUAAAAAAAGAAACUAUAUCUUGAUUGUACUUUUUUUGUUUGGCUGUUUGUGUUUUGGAAUUUGUGCAUAGUUUUAGGAUUUUUGCUUUCCGUGUUUAGUCCUCUUUGUGAUGAACCACUGCGGUCACUCAGACUGCCCUGCCGACUCUGCCGGCUCUCCUUUCACCUUUCACCUGUCUUUGUUGACCUUUCCUUGUUUGUUUGUUUUUUUGUUCUAUUUAGCUACAACACAUGCAAUAAGUGUCUCAAUGAAUAUGACAUUCACAGGCUAUUUUUUCCUUUGCAUUUAAAAACAUGUGGAAACGUUUGCUUUCUUCAUGCAUACUUGCCCAGAUCCAUCUCUCCCCUCACUCUCUUAGCCUUUGGGAACAGAUGUGGGUCUUCCACCCGCUUCUCCAGGGGCAGCUAACAUGAAUCUGUGAAAGAUUACAUGAAUAUCCUAUGCAGCAGGACCACAGAAAAUCCUAGAAGUAGUAGACCUUAUCCCUACAGGUUUGCUCAACCUCUAUUACCCCAUAACACAUUUUGUUCUGUAUGGGGCAAUUAAGUUCAGGAUUUGUUUGUCCUGCUACCAUAUAGGGUCUAUUAGUCCCUUGAUCAUUUUACUGUAUUGGGUAGAUUGACAGUUGUAACCACUGUGGCUGCAGAGUAGUCCUGACCACCUUUAUACAAGUCCGAAGUAUAAAGGUUUAUUUUAUUCAAGCGUUAGCAAUAACUCAUCCUCUUAUCUUUGUAUCUCUUUGGUAAAAUAUAUAACCAUGUAUAUUAAAAAUAUAUUUUGUGCACAUAUAUUAAAUAUAGUACCACCAGAUAGGCUAGGCUGAUCAAAGCUUCACACAGACUUAUACUUCUCUUCACAGUUGACAGCUUUUUCUCUGCUUUUUCAGCUGUCUGGCAGUCAUCUUAGCAUGAAACUGUUCCCGUAUCGUAAUGGUGUGGAGUAGGGGAGUUUUGGUCUGGGUCCAUUGAUUGUAGUGUGUGCAUGCACAUGUGUUUGUGUGUGUGAGCAUGAAUGGAUGAACAGUUCUAUGUGUGUGGAUUUAAUGAAAGGACAGAGAUGAGUAGGUGUAUCUGUACAUGUGUCCACAGUGGAUUGCUGGGAUAUUCAUGCAGCAAAUCCAAGAUUUCCCUCUUCUCUUCCUCCCAGCUCUGUGCAACUCCAUUAGCAAUACAAUACUGCAAUGUCCUCAAAAGCUUACAGCCCCAACUUGUCUCACAAUGUUGUAAAGAGUAGAAAGUCUAUUUAUGUAAUGAUAUGGAUCCUUUAUGAAAAUUCUAAUAAUGGAGAUGUAUGUACUGAAUUGUAUAUAGUCUAUAAAUAUAUGUAGAUGAACACAUAUAUAGGUGAAACUGUCCUGCCAAAUGAAGAGCACACCUGACGCCCAGAAACCUACCAUUCACAAUUAUCACAAUUAGCAGGGCCUUUGGGUGAAAGGAAUUCUGGGGAGGCUGUGUAGAUUUCCGUGUGAUAUCCGAUAGGCUGGGCUGCUCUAAGUUUUACACAGAUAUACUUCUUUUCCCAGCUGACCGUUUCUUUAAUCCAUGUUGAUUUCCACAAUGUCAAAAUGGAGGCACUUUUUUUCUACCAUUUGCUGCCUGGUUUUUCCUGGUUCUUCUGUUGAUUUCUCUCUUCUGCUGCUCCUUUCCUCCUUUUACAUCACUGUGGUGAUGCAGAGAGGAUGGAGGAUGACAACCAGAUGAAGAGAUCAGAAAGUGGGUUCCACUGACACCUGGAAUUACACAGUAUAUGAGAUGUUGUUACAUGUUGGUACUUUUUGACAACUCAUGGAAACAGGGAAACAUAGUAUUGCAUUUUUAUAUCUGGUAUUUUUUGCAGUUUUCCUUCAAUCAUCACCUUUCGGAAUCUUAUUGUACUAGUUGAAGGAGAGCUGUUCCACGCUGACAGAUGGCACAGCUUAUUUUCAGUGCAGCCCAUGCAUGGCACCCAGUUUUCUUCUACUGGCUUUACCCUCUCUCGGCCACAAUAUCGAUGUUCCAUCAGGCACUCUGGCGGUAGCAUUUUUGGCAGGACAGUGUAUAAAUAUAUUUUUGUUCUGAUUGCCGUAGUUACGUCGUCUGACUCUGAACCAUUCUGAUCUCUCAAAUAAAGGCAGCUCUACCCCCACUCAGAACCCCUUCCUCUGGAGGUUGAGUGGGGUAAUCACAGAAUGGAGGGCGUCUUUUGGCAGGGGAAGGGCACGGAAUUGAUAGGAAUGUGACAUGGACAUGGUGCAUUCUGCACUGGCUGGACUUGCGGAGAAACUUGUAACCUCCCAGGAAAACAUUGUCAUUGUCAUGAGAAGUAUGGCACACUCAAUAACAUGGAAAGAAUGGUUCAGAUGAUUCUGUAGAUGUUGUUGUUAGAUCCCCAUGCUUUGUAGCUAGGAUGAUGAAUUUCAUAAUUUUAGAAUUCCAAAUUGGUCAUUUUAUUUUUAUUUUUGUUUUAUCUCGUGUCAUCUGUUUUUAUUUCUUUCUUUUACUGUGAAUUUGUGCCUUUUUGUCAUCUUAUCUUCCAAUAAAGGUAUAUUGGAGAUGUGAAAAAUAAAAUAAACAUGUAAAAACAA